AUGGCUGCUACAAGCAAUGUGACAGAAAUCAUUUUCUGGGGAUUUUCUCAGAAGCAGGAUGUGCAGAAGGUCAUUUCUGCAAUGUUUCUCCUCAUGUACACAGCCAUUGUGCUGGGCAAUGGCCUCAUUGUGGUGACCGUCACAGCCAGCAAAGGGCUCACGUCCCCCAUGUAUUUCUUCCUCAGCUUCCUGUCCUUUGUGGAGAUCUGUUACUGUUCUGUCACAGCCCCCAAGCUCAUCUUUGACUCUUUUAUUGAGAAGAAAGUCAUUUCCCUCAAGGGCUGCAUCACGCAGAUAUUUUUCCUGCAUUUCUUUGGUGGCACUGAGAUCUUUCUCCUGACUGUGAUGGCCUAUGACCGCUAUGUGGCCAUCUGCAAGCCCCUGCACUAUACAACCAUCAUGAACCAGCGAGUGUGUGGCCUCUUGGUGGGGGCGGCAUGGGGUGGGGGCUUGUUGCAUUCUGUUGGGCAAACCUUCCUCAUUUUCCAGCUGCCCUUCUGUGGCCCUAAUCUCAUUGACCACUAUUUCUGUGAUGUCCACCCUGUGCUGAAGCUGGCCUGCUCAGACACCUUCCUCAUUGGCCUGCUAAUCAUCGUCAAUGGCGGCUCCAUCUCGGUGGUCAGCUUCACGGUGCUACUUUCUUCCUACCUGGUCAUCCUGCACUCCCUGAGGAGCCAGACCUGGGAAGGGCGGUGUAAGGCCCUCUCCACCUGCGCCUCUCACGUGACAGUUGUGGGCCUGUUCUUCAUCCCCUGCUCCUUUGUCUACAUGAGGCCCUGUGUCACCCUCCCUGCAGACAAGACAGUCGCUGUGUUUUACACAGUGGUCACGCCUCUCUUAAACCCUGUCAUUUACUCUUUCAGGAAUGCUGAAGUGAAAAGCGCCAUGAGGAGACUCAUGGGGAGCAAUGUGAUCUGA